GCGAGAAUGUUUGUGGGAGGACUCUGCUGCAAUUCGCGCACGUUGUUGGUGGUGAUGGAAGAAGGUGAUGAUGGUGGAGGUGGGGUGUUGGUGACAGUGGUGACACCGGCCCACAAUGAAGAGACGCGGAUUGAGCGUGCGUUGGCCAGCUUACUCCUGGAGACGCACAGACCACUGGAGGUGUCCAUUUAUGAUGACGCGUCGAGGGACGGAACCCUGAAUGUCGUGCGCCGCAUGAUACCACGGCUGCAUGCGGCUGGCAUCCACACCCGUGUGUCUUGCGCAAAGUGCUUCGAGCGGCGGUUUGGCAGCCGUGAUGGUACUCGAGGUGGUCACUGUGGCACAGCAACGCUGGAGAGUGACGCCGGCACCGGUGCUAACGCACCUGCUGUUGGCACGACUGGCAAGGACGCAGCACGCCGAGGGAGUGUUGCGACUAAGGACACAACCACGGUACACCACACCGCAGGCGAGGACGAUGACAUGCUGCGGCACGUGUGCUCCUGCCAACCAGCAUCACGCGAGCUUCAACCUGGCGGUGUCGGGUUCGCCAAGAACCGAGCAAUACAACAGUCUGUGGGCAAUGUGCUCUGCUUCCUGGACGCCGACGACUACAUGGAGAACGACCGCGUUGCGUCACAGCUGCGCGUGCUGCUGCAGCACCCGGACGCCAUCGUCGGCACUCAGUUCCGCCGCGAACCAGCCGACUCCACCGAGCGGUACACGCGCUGGGCCAAUGCCCUCUCCGACACGGAGCUGUGCACCAACCGCUUCAAGGAGUGCACCGUGCUGCAGCCCACAUGGAUGGUGCGCAGGCGCGUGUUUGAUGCCGUUGGCGGCUACAAAGAAGGCGUGCUGUGUGAGGACCUGGACUUCUUCUACAGGCACUUUGACGUGUUCUUCGCCAACCACGACGCCGCGUCCCCUGUCGCGUUUGACCGCGCGCUGUGUGCCCAUCAGCGACGCCACGAUGAUGUGAGACACGCUAACGAUGAAGGUACUGGCACGCGAUGUGAUGGUGGUGAUGAGCAUGAAGAAAAGCGGUCGAAACGGCAAACAAACGUCACUCCCCUGCCCAUAGCGCUCCUGCGCACAGUCUCCACUGUCUACACCUACAGGCCGUCCUCUGCAUGUCACCGCGUGUCGCGUGCAUUGAUCCGUCAAGUCCGCGCGCAUGCGCUGCAGCGCCAGGUGCUUCGCUAUCCGCCCUGGUCGUCGGGGUUUGCCAUCUGGGGGGCAGGCAAGAACGGCCGGUUGCUGUACAAGCUCCUGGACCCUGCUGUGCAAGCCAAGGUCAAGUACUUUGCAGAUAUUGAUCCAAAGAAGGUGGGAGGCAAGUACAAUGACCAUGGUCCAAACAAGAAGCACCUGGUGCGCUCGAUUGACAUUCGAGGAGUGGAGGAUCUGGAGCCGCCGUUUAUCACGUGCGUUGCCAUGGAUCGCGGCAACGCCUUUGAAACCCUGCUGGCAAAGAUGGGCCUGACGGAAGGCAUCGAUUACUACUUGUUCGGAUAGGAGGGGAUGUAACAGCAGGCGGCAGUGCACGUGUUGUGGUGGCAGCACAUUCAUCUCGACUCGUGGUGAUUGUGGCAUGCAUGCAAAGUACAACUUCAACGUGGUAAUGGAAAGGUG